AUCCUCCAAACAAAAUAAAAUUAUUUUAGGUCACCUAAAUCCCUCUCCUCCCUUCCCCCUCCGUUCAACCAAACAUAACCUUAAUUUUCUUCGUUGUUUUUUUUCUUUUUUUCUUUUCGCUCCACAUUUUUGUCUUCACUCCUUUGCUCCGGAGUGUGGUGCUCCUCCGAUCGCCGGCGGCCUAUCCAUUCACCGUAGAGCUUCAGUGUUCCUUAUCCAUCANGGAAACGAUUCCACCGAGCUCUAGUAUUCUGCGAAAAUGGAUCUGAACGAUUCUUCUGGAGAGAAUUACGCUAAUCCAAAGAUAUGCUUCUUUCAUGUGGUUUUCAAGGCUACAGCCUUGGCAUUUUAUAUUCUUUCGGCUCUCUUCGUUGACAGUUUUGUCAUAAUCUUUGUUGUCACUGUACUUCUGGCUGCCCUCGAUUUUUGGGUGGUCAAGAAUGUUAGUGGACGCAUCUUAGUUGGCCUGAGAUGGUGGAAUGAGAUAAAUGAGGAUGGUGAAAGUGUGUGGAAAUUUGAAUGCCUUGACCAAGAGUCAUUGGCUCGGAUGAACAAGAAGGAUUCAUGGUUGUUCUGGUGGACAUUGUACCUUACUGCUGUCGCUUGGAUCGUUUUUGCUAUAUUUUCUCUCAUCAGGUUCCAAGCUGAUUAUCUCCUCGUUGUUGGUGUCUGUUUGACCCUCAGCAUUGCCAAUAUUGUUGGCUUUACUAAGUGCCGAAAAGAUGCUAAGAAACAGGUUCAAGCGUUUGCCACCCAGGCCAUUACUUCUCGGUUCACAUCCACCAUUCAAUCUGCAUUUAGUGUUGUUUGAAUGGUUUUACUUAUGGGACUGCAAUUUGAGAUUCUUGUAUCUAAGGGUAAUAUUAUCUGUUAAUGGCUUACUGUUUUGUUCGAUGUAAUAUGUUCAUUUCUAAAGGCCUAUUGUGGGAUGUGAGAAAUUGAUAUCAUAUGGUAACCCAUAAUUUUGAUUGAGUACAAUUUUUUUUUUCUUUUUUUUUU